GUCUCCCCAUCUGAUCCACCGUUGGGAGUUUUCCCCGACUUGAUUCUACUACAUUUUUUCUUUUUGAGACCAGUCAUUUGUGAUUAAUAUUCGGGCUUCAUAUUCUGCAUAAAACAAGACUUGGAUAAUACUUCAUAACACAAUGGCGGCGAAUGGCGUAGCAGCCCAAGCGGCUGUAUCAGUCAGCCUAGAAGAGCUUCGUGCAGGGACUGUCCCAUUCUCGAAAUUGGAAGACGCUUUCGGUCCGUCUUCUCUAGGAAUCCUUGUUGUGAAGGAUCUGCCAUCAAAAUUUGUGGAACUACGACAGCGCUUAUUAUCUUAUGCUUCUUAUCUUGCCAAUCUACCAGAGUCGGAGCUUGCAAAACUUGAAUGCGCGGAAGCGAAAUAUCUUGUUGGAUGGUCCCUGGGCAAGGAAACGCUCAGAUCGGGCCACUACGACACGUUAAAGGGCUCUUACUACGUCAACUGUGCCUUUUACACUGACCCGAACCUCCAGUCUGCGCCUUCGGAAAAUUAUCCUUCUUUUCCUGAAUAUACUGCGCCCAAUGUCUGGCCCGCGGAAUCUGUUCUGCCAGGCUACCGCGCGACAUUCCAGGAACUGUGCACACUCAUCAUCGACACGGCAGUUUUGGUCGCACGUGCGUGUGAUCGGUACGCCGAGGCCAUGAUUGAAGGGUAUGAAAAGGGCUAUUUAGAGAAAGUCGUACGCACGAGCAUGACGACGAAAGCGCGGCUGUUGCAUUAUUAUCCACCGCAUGAAGAGUCAUCGGAUAGUACCAAAGAGGAAGAGAAUGAGGAUGAUUGGUGCGCUACGCAUCUCGAUCAUGGCUGCCUUACAGGCCUCACUUCAGCCAUGUUUGUCGAUGAAUCCACUGCCUUGAAGAAGGAGUCGAAGGGUGCUUACGAAAAUGAUGACGGUGACGGUGACCUUCUUCCACCGCUGGAGGAACUGGCUGCUUCUCCUGACCCACGAGCCGGGCUGUAUAUACACAGUCGGACAAAUACUGUGACGCAGGUUCGCAUUCCACGCGACUGUCUUGCUUUUCAGACUGGCGAGGCCCUGCAGGUCAUUACUCAGGGCAGAUUCCGCGCCGUGCCGCAUUUUGUGCGCGGAGCCCGCUCGACCAGACCGGGAUCAAGAGUUGCUCGUAAUACCCUUGCGGUUUUUACUCAGCCGAAUCUUUGGGAGAUGGUGGAUGCUGGCAAAAAGCAAGAUUUUGCGGCUUUUGCCAAGGAAGUGGUAGAGAGAAAUCAUUAAAUAGUCAUAGUAAUAUUGAGACUAGCAGAGGGAAAUUGCUCAUGCAUGCAUUAUGUAGAGUGUCUAAUUUUAUAAGCAGAAGAUAGAUGAACAAGUUUAAUAUUUGAAAUCUAAGCGCUUCAGCAAAGC